UAUUAACAGGACCUGCUAGCCUCCUGCUGCAGCUCACAGAUUUGUGCUCUUUAUCUGCUCCCUCAGAAGGCUUCUGCACCAACUAUGGCAACUUUUGUGGAGCUCUGCACCAAAGCCAAGAUGCCCAUUGUAGGCCUGGGGACCGGGAAGUCUUCGCCACUCAGUGUCAAAGAAGCCGUGAAGGUGGCCAUCGAUGCAGGCUAUCGCCACUUUGACUGUGCCUUUGCCUAUGGGAAUGAGAAUGAGGUGGGAGAAGCCAUCCAAGAGAAGAUAAAAGAGGGGGUUGUAAAGCGGGAGGACCUCUUCAUUGUUAGCAAGGUAACAAUGCAGCCCAUGUGCAGAGAUGGACAGGUCCUGCAGCCCACCUUUCAAAAGACCAGUACCCAGAUGCAAAUUACAAUAAGCUUUGUUCUGCAUUUGUAGCCUGGAAAGGACCUCAUCCCCAAGGAUGAUAAAGGCAAUGUCAUCCCCAGUAAAGCAUCGUUCUUGGAUACCUGGGAGGUCAUGGAGGAGCUGGUGGAUGAAGGUUUGGUGAAAGCCAUUGGCAUCUCCAAUUUUAACCACUUCCAAAUUGAAAGGCUCUUGAACAAGCCUGGACUGAAAUACAAACCAGUCACUAACCAGGUGGAGUGUCACCCAUACCUCACCCAGGAGAAACUGAUCCAGUUCUGCCAUUCCAAGGGCAUCACUGUCACUGCCUACAGCCCCCUGGGCUCUCCAGAUAGACCUUGGGCCAAGCCAGAGGACCCUUCACUGCUGGAAGAUCCCAGUAUUAAGGAGAUUGCUCUAAAGUACAAAAAAACCACAGCCCAGGUUCUGAUCCGGUUCCAUAUCCAGAGGAAUGUGGCAGUGAUCCCCAAGUCUGUGACACCAGCACGCAUCAUUGAGAACUUUCAGGUCUUUGACUUCAAACUGAGUGAUGCAGAGAUGGCUACCAUCCUCAGCUUCAACAGAAACUGGAGGGUCUGCGUUGGGCUUUCGUAAGUGCCAAGGGAUUAAC